AUGUUUUGCCUGUUGCUUUAUUGUAGGUCACCCUCUUGGCCGGUUUGGGCGCCGCGAUUGCCCCCCCUUCCUUCUUCCACGGCCCCACCCUCGCCGAAAAAUUCAUUAAUAAUACGUCAUAAAACAACGACGACACCCCAUCACAGCAAAUUACAAAUGUGCAACGGGUUUCAUUCGCAAAAAAAAUUAACGGCCGCGCCUUUAUUGAAAUCAUUAACGAGUCCUUCUUUUCCUAGGCCUUCGUGCGAUGAUGAAAUCCCGGUCACCACCACCACCCUGCGUUUGCCACCACCCUCGAACAAUCCCAGCAAAUCCUUUUCCUCUCCCGGCAUUCUGCAUUCGCCCAGCGUCACCAGAUGGUCAUAUGCAGCUUCUCUCGUCGAAACGUCUGCCGUCACCCAGAGGUGCGUGAUGGUUCAACACCGUAAAACUUUUGACGCCGGAGAUGGAAUUAAAUUCAUGAUGGAUAAUAACACGGAAGAACAAUCGCAACACGAGAAAAAUAUAAAUUCUCAUUCCGUUUUCAUUCUCCGAAGAUGCAGCACAAUAAAUGCAAGUUCCGGUUCCGGUCCGAGCGAAACUGGAUCUCUGGACCGGGCAAAAUCAGCGAUCGACAGAAGGAAGAAAACCGAAGAUAAUAACGUGGUGAGCACCGGAGGAAGAGUCGAAGUCACUAGAGUUAACCCAAAUAGUCUUAUAGAUGAAUUAUUACGUUCAACCGACUUAACACAAACGGAUGAAUCUACCGCGGGUACGGGUCUUCAGUUGUUCAUUGCCAAAGAUGGUACGACAGCGUUAGGAAGUCAAGACGUAGUUAAAAGUCAAAUGACGAAAUCAGGAGUAUUUAAACAAGUCGUCAUCGAAGAUAACAGACCUAAUCCGGAACCCAAAAAUUUUCCGGAUGUUAUGAGAUGA